GAGGAAUGCACGUCUCUGCAGAGCUGCAGACCCGACCCACCCGAUGAUCACACAGCAAACCGUGACAGGCCGGGCUGUUGUGACCCAGAUUCGCCAGGAAGGGGGUCCUGAUCCUGCAGGCUCUCUGUGCUGACCCCGGGCAGCACCACAGGCUCGUGACCAUAAAGGGAGAGCUUCUCCUUCAGCCGUGGAGUGGAGUAGAGAGCCAGGACGGUGCACAUAUUUCUCAGAAACAGUACCCGAGCGGCUGCAGUCCAGUCGUAGGAAGGAGGACAUAGGAGGAGUUUGGAAAGUAAUCAUCAGUCAGCUUGACUCAUGCUCACAAAGAUCUCUUUCUCUUCAUCAAUCUUCACAAUCGGGUGAAGACAGAAGUGGUGGUUUGGAUGCAGGUCGUGUUUUGGCUGCUGUGCCUUGGCACGGUGGGGGCACUUGUUGUGCUGCAGAAAGACCAGGUGGCCCAGCACGCCAUCAAGCUUUAUCGUAGCAAGGGGGCCAAACAUGGCCACAGCUGGCUGACCAACAACUGCAAGCGGCUGGUGGGUUUCCUGCGUCAGAAGAGUGUGGUGGUCAGGAAGCUGGCAGCUGCUGCUGAUGGCGUAAGACGAGACCAGGCCAUUUCAGAACCGGAGAAACUUUUCCAGGUUCACACUCUGGAGGUUUUCCAGAAGGAGCUGAAUGAGAGCGAGCACCUGGUGUUUCAGGCGGUGCACAGCCUGCAGAGGGCGUUGCAGGGAGACUACAGAGAUGUGGUCAACAUGAAGGAGAGCAGCAGACAGAGGCUGGAGGCCCUCAGGGAGGCAGCCAUAAAGGAGGAACAGGAGUAUGUGGAGCUGGUGGCUGCUGAGAAGCAUCAGCAGGAAGCUGUUAAGACCGCUUUAGCCCAGAAUAAGACUCUGUCCAUGCUGGAUGAGAUCCUGGAGGAUGUCAGGAAGGCAGCAGACCGGCUGGAGGAGGAGAUCGAGGAGCACGCCUUUGACAACAACAAAGAGAUGAAAGGAGUGAAUGUAGAGGCAGUGUUGAGGGUGGAGGAUGACGAGGAGAAUGGAGGGAAGAAGAAGAACAAGUCCAAGCAGAAGGAAGGGGAGGACAACCUAGGACUGAGCAUGCUCAUCGACUCGCAGAACAACCAGUACGUCCUGACCAAACCUCGAGACUCCACGAUGCCAAGAGCGGACCAUCACUUCAUCAAGGACUUGGUGUCGGUGGUGAUGCUGUCGCUGCCCUGUGGUUGGAUUUGCUCUCUGGUCGGACUUCCUCCCAUGUUUGGAUAUAUCAUCUGUGGAGUCCUGCUAGGUCCCUCUGGCCUCAACAGCAUCAAGUCUAUUGUCCAGGUGGAGACUCUGGGGGAGUUUGGUGUGUUCUUCACUUUCUUUUUGGUGGGAUUGGAGUUCUCACCUGAGCGACUUCGAAAGGUUUGGAAGACAUCAGUCCAGGGGACGUGCUACCUGAGUCUGCUGAUGGUUGGGGCCGGUUUGGUGUGGGGACAAGUCCUGCAUAUUCGACCCACGCAGACCGUCUUCAUUUCCACUUGCCUCUCGCUGUCCAGCACUCCGCUAGUGUCCCGCUUCCUGGCGGGGGGAAGCAGAGGUGAAAAGGAAGGUGAGCUGGACUACAGCAGCGUUCUCCUCGGGAUGUUAGUGAUGCAAGACGUUCAGCUCGGUCUCUUCAUCGCUGUCAUUCCGACGAUGAUCCAGGCACAGAGCGGAGACUUGGACAGCCUUCUGCUUGGAAGUCUCCGCGUGUUUUACCUCCUGGCCCAGGUCCUGGUCUCUCUGGCUGCUGUGCUGCUGCUGUGUUUGUUACUCAAAUCAUUCCUGAUUGGCCCGUAUUACAAGAAGCUGCAUGCUGAGAGCAAAGGCAACAAAGAGAUCCUCGUGCUGGGGAUGGCAGCUUUAGUCUUUUUCAUGCUGACGGUGACUGAGUUUUUGGAUGUUUCUAUGGAGCUGGGCUGUUUCCUGGCUGGAGCUCUGCUGUCAACACAGGGUCACAUUGUUACCACAGAGGUCAUGGGAUGCAUCGAGCCGAUCAGAGAUUUCCUCGCGAUCAUCUUCUUCGCCUCUAUCGGUCUCCACGUGUUCCCGACAUUCGUGCUGUAUGAACUCACCAUCCUGCUGGUGCUGACAUUCACCCUCGUCAUUAUGAAGUUUGUGAUGGCCGUACUGGUGCUGUCGGCCAUCUUGCCUCCAGGCUCUCGACACAUACGGUGGAUUGUCUCAGCGGGUCUGGCUCAGGUCAGCGAGUUCUCCUUCGUCUUGGGCAGCCGUGCGCGUCGUGCUGGCAUCAUCUCCAGAGAGGUGUACCUGCUGGUUCUCAGUGUCACCACCCUCAGUUUGCUGCUGGCACCGGUGCUGUGGAGAGUCACCACACACAAGUGGGUUCCCCGGGCUGAACGCAAAAUAAUCACAUGACCAGAUCGGCUUCAGCCCCAACAGGUUCCUCUGUAACUCCUACAAAGAGUAAAGUCUUAAUUGGCCGUUUAGAAAGAUUCAUUGCUUACUCUCCACGUCAAGAGAAUAAAACCUUGACAAUCCAAGUACUGAUACUCUCUACUGUUUAAGGUCUUAUUUUAUAACACAUGCCAAAAUAAAUUCAGAUAAUGUCAAAUAAAGUGCAACAUAGCUGGAACUCUCUCUGUAACGGCUCCACAUUAUCUGUGAGUUAAAGGAAUCAUUGAUAGGAAGCAAACCUGCUCCACAGUUCACUGGAGAAGCACACUUCCAGUUCUGAUGGAUUUAAUGCACUUUCUCCUGCAUUAUGAAGAAAAACAGAUACUUUCUCUCUCUACUGUCUGUAUGAAUGAAAGUCUAUGUAGUUCCGGUUUUUUUUGUCUUUGUUUCUGCACUUUCAACCUAAAGUGGUUUUUAUUCCUUGUAACAAUCACAGCGACCAAAUUUGGAUGUCUAACUUCACAUUUUGUCUUUUUUUUCAUGUAUGAUACAAAUCUUGGGAUUUUUUUAAUAGGGAAACUUUUUGUUUAAUUUAUAUUGCCUACAUUUUUCCUAUAUUUGACCAUCUCACCUUAAUAUUUUGGUGUUAAACCAAAUUUCGGUUAUUGCAAAUGUCAGAUUCUAAUCCCCACUAUAGUGCUAGCUUUCUAUCUGCUGUAUUUAAUAGACAGUACUUGUAGUUUAUUGAAAACAUUGUACUACUGUGAAUUUAGCUGAGAGGACAGUCUUUAAUGUUAAAAUGUUUUAUAAAGACUAUACCUGUCUUCAAUUAUUCAUUUUUGGGCUCUCCAUUCUCGUCAAAUAGAAUAAUAUAUAUAAACUCUGGUAUAAUACACAAUAGCAAAAAGUAAAUAAUGGAGAUAAUGUAAUAUUAGAGAGCAGAAUAAGAGAAAAUGCUCAUCACAAUGUAUUUACUGACAUUUAGAAGGAAAAUCCUGCAAUAGUAACCAUUGAAUGUCAAACUGUGCCUGCUCAGCAAUGCUCUGCACUAAAAGUGAGCACCUCUGUGGCUUCACCUGCUGUAAAUGUUCUUGUCUUAUUUUCAUAAUGUGCAUGUGGGAGCUGCAUACAUGUUAUUUAUGUUUCUUUUUCUUAACUUUCUAUAGUUUACAUACUUUUGUUGGUGGCCAUGACCAACGCACCCAGCCAGAUGUGUUCAUCAAAAUG